UUAAUUUGAAAUUAAAAGGGGAGCAAGAGGAAUUGUUAAAAAGACCUCGAGAAAGCAGGGGAAGGAGGAGACACCCGAGAGCCUUGGGUCACCCUACCCCAUCCAGCCUCUGUCGUUGCUGCUUUGUUCCAUAUUUAGCUCCUGACAACUGUGCCUAGCACAGGAACUCCCAGCUCUGUUUUUCCCUCCUCCCUCUCCCUUAGAGCUCUCAGAAAUCGUUCCUUCUUUUUCCCAGUGGCCAUAACUUAAUACCCCUCGGCUCAAGAAGAUGGCAGAGAAGCAGGAGGAGCCCAGCAACACCCAGAAUGGGGAACCUGACAACGCGGAAGAGGGGGAGGAAAAGAAGAAGAAGCUGAGGCGGGAAGACCUGCCACCAUUUGAGAUUGUGACAGGGGAGCGCCUCCCAGCCAUAUUCUUCAAGUUCCAGUUCAGGAACGUGGAAUACAGCUCCGGCAGGAACAAAACCUUCCUGUGUUACGUUCUGGAGACCCAAGGCAAAGAGUCGCUGACUUCCCGGGGUUACCUGGAGGACGAGCACGCGGCUGCCCACGCGGAAAUGGCUUUCUUCAACACCAUCCUCCCCAAGUGCGACUCCAGCCUCCGCUACAACAUCACCUGGUACGUGUCCUCCAGCCCCUGCGUCACCUGCGCCGAGCGCAUCAUCGAGACCCUGAAGAAGAACAAGAACCUGCGCCUGACCAUCAUGGUAGGGCGCCUCUUCAUGUGGGAAGAGCCAGAAAUGCAGGCGGCCCUGAAAAACAUGAAGUCAGCCGGCUGCAAGCUGAGGAUUAUGAAGCCGCAAGACUUUGAGUAUGUGUGGCAGAACUUUGUGGAACAGGAGGAAGGAGAGGAAGCGAAGGAUUUCGUGCCAUGGGAGGACAUUCAAGAGAACUUCAAUUAUUACGAGGAAAAGCUGGCUGAGAUUUUGCACUGAAGCUCACGACCAGUCCAGAAAAGCUCUAUAGAGAGAGAUGCAACAGACUUGGAAACCUGGGACACCCCUGCUUCCCAAAGCUUUGAUUCCAGCAGGAUGGAACACCAACUUGUGGAAGACCAGGCCCUGAGGGACUACAAAUACACAUACACCACAAACCUUUGGUGUCUGGCAUUUUUCUGGGUUUAUUUUGGCCCCAUUUCCCCCCUCCCACCCCAAACCAACUCAUGCUGCCUCUGCUGAUAGGAAAUGAGGCAGCACCAUAGCGUGUGGUUUAAGCCUUGGAUGCAAUGGAGAGCAGCGGGUCUACAGGAGAGACUGUAGGCCUCAUACUGGGACUACUUUAUGAGAAAAGGUCUUAGAGCAAAGCUGCCAAUUAGGUCAAUGCAUUUAGAAAGUACAACCUUCAUAAAUGUUAAAGAGAUUCAAGAGGGGAAAAAAAGGGUUUUCUUCCUCUGUCCUCCUCCACAGUCAGAGCUGUGAUUUAAAUUAGGGCUAACGGGUCUAUUUUAAUGUGAUGAUAAAGCCCUAAGUACUCAAUUGCAAAUACAUCAAAUACCUUCUCCCCUCGUUCAAUGACGUGUGCGAUAUGAAACUCGGAAAAGCAAAGUGAAAUAAAACUAGAAGUCACUGCAAAAGCUA